UAAUUACGUACGGAUCACGAAGUAGACCAUCCGAUCCGACUUUAAAGCCAUACUACCCUCUGGAUGGUUGCCACGUCACUCUCCUUUAGCUAUUUUGAUGAUAGUCCCAAAGCUGCGACGGCGAUAACGACGAUCUUAGAAACUCCGGUGGUCGCUCUUUUUUUUGUCUCCGAGUAUGGAGAAAAGGAAAGGGAAGCGAAUCAGACGAGGAGAUUCCGACGAGUUAUUCGAAGAUGGGAGAUCUCAAAACAUGCGUAAGGCGAGGACGAAGGAGAAUGAUGUUGUGAACAAAGGACGAAUCGGAAGAGGAAGAGGAAGAAGAAAAUUUGAUGACGGAGAGGUUUCGAAGCGAUCUAUUGAAAUCGACAUGUCUAAUCCCGAUAAGGAUAUUAAGUCUGAUGGAAGCAGAAAGUAUAUGGGUUUGACGUGUCAUCAUUGUAAGAACUUGACGAGUGAGAGUGGGCUUAUCUUCUGUUCAAAAUGUAACAAGAAGUAUUGCAAUGAGUGUAUCAAGAGAUGGUAUUCAGAAAGAACAAAUGAGGAAGUUAGAGCUGCUUGUCCAUUCUGUAUGAAGAAUUGCAAUUGCAGAGCUUGUUUGCGGUUGCCUUUGGUUGUCAAGCCUCGAAGUGAAAAAGAAACAAAUGUCAAGUUUAAGCAGUUGCAGUAUCUAUUAGUUAAAGUUCUCCCAAUUCUUAAGGAUAUUUAUAUGGAGCAGAACCGUGAACUUGAGAUUGAAGCAACUAUUAGAGGACUCCCUGUGACAGAAGCUAACAUUAAUAGGUGCAAACUUGACCCAAGUGAACGCAUAUACUGUUCUUUACGCUAUCAAAUUGGUUUGUUCUGUGGGAAAUUGCUCUCAAAGGAUGGCAUGGUUGGAAGCCACAAAGAAGAACCUACAAUAGGUAAACUAGAGAUUGACGUCUCAGGAGGAGUCCAUUAUGGUCUUCAGGAAGUUGCUCUCAAACCUAAUUCAGGUUCCACGCCCUCGAUUAAUGAGGGCCAACACCUAUUGAUCCUGCCGACGGAUGCUGAGGCGGGAAGAACAGCAUCUUCAAUGGCAGAAGAAGCUGAUAUCAAAUCUAACAACAAAAGACUACCUCCAGAGGAAGGUUCAUUUCUCCAGUUUCAAAAUGCCAAUCUCAGACCUGUAGUUUACGAUCUCUGCCGCACAUCCAUUGCCAAUUUUCACAGAAGCUGUCCGAACCCGGAUUGUUCAGUCGAUAUAUGUCUUUCUUGCUGCAAGGAACUAAGUGAGGGGUUCCAUCAAGAGAGAGAUGGGAAGAAAAAUGCAGAAGGGAAAGGAUAUGAAUGGGGAACCCAAGCAGGUCAAGGAAAAGAUUCGGAAGCCUAUGUUCCACUGCAUUUCUCUACUUGGAAGCUUAAUUCAGACAGUAGCAUUCCAUGCCCUCCAAAAGAGUGUGGUGGUUGUGGUACUUCAACACUGGAGUUGAGACGCUUAUGGAAAAAAGAUUGGGUUGAAAAAUUAAUAACGAGUGCCGAGGAAUGUACUCUGCAUUUUAGGCCUUCAGAUGUGGAUAUUGCUCAUGAAUGUUCCUCAUGCACUACCAAUUCUGAUUCCGUUAGAAGGCAGGCAGCGUUUAGGAAGAAUGCUCAUGAUAAUUUCUUAUACUCCCCAAAUGCUGUUGAUCUGGCUGAAGACGAUAUUGCUCAUUUUCAGUCGCAUUGGAUGAGGGCAGAACCUGUAAUAGUUAGAAAUGUUCUCGAGAAGACAUCUGGACUAAGUUGGGAACCAAUGGUUAUGUGGAGGGCUUGUAGGGAAAUGGAUCCAAAGCAUAAAUGUAAAGAAGAAGAGACGAAAAAAGUCAAAGCUUUGGAUUGCUUGGACUGGUGUGAGGUUGAAAUAAAUAUUCAUCAGUUUUUUGACGGCUACUUAGAAGGCCGCAUGCAUAAAAACGGUUGGCCAGAAAUGUUGAAAUUGAAGGAUUGGCCUCCCUCAACUUUAUUUGAAAAGCGCCUUCCAAGGCAUAAUGCUGAGUUUAUUGCUGCAUUGCCUUUCUUUGAUUACACUGACCCAAAGUCUGGUAUCCUAAAUCUCGCAACAAGACUUCCAGAAAAAUCCUUGAAGCCAGAUCUUGGACCCAAGACAUACAUUGCGUACGGUUUCCAUGAAGAGCUUAACAGAGGAGAUUCGGUGACAAAACUACAUUGUGAUAUUUCUGACGCGGUCAAUGUGUUGACACACACAGCUAAAGUGGAAAUCCCUCCCAACAAAUACCAAAACAUAAAAGUACAUCAGAGAAAAUAUGCAGAAGCCAUGUUGCAGAAACAACAAUACAGUGGUCAAGUGACAGAAGCCAGCGAACUUGAAAACAAGUCACUGAAAGAAGUGGAUGAAGAUAAACAGUAUUUAAAGGACAAGACUGCUAACGAAGAACAAUCAAAUAACAGUUCAAGACCGGGCUCACAAGAAGUUGAGAAAGUAAUUAGUUCAAAAGGUGACUGUACGAACAUUGAAAGAGCUGAUCCUAUGGAAGGGUCUUCUGGUUCACCAUCUAGCUUUACUGCUAUGGAACUAGGUCAUGACAUCUGUGUAAAGGCAGAGAGAUUAUCUCCAAAAUACCAAAGAGAAGAUGAUCACUCGGUGGAGAAGGGACUAAUGAUGCCAACACUUCUUGCAACUCCCCCGUGUGAUACAGAGGAUAAUCCCACACAACCUGCUGUGAGUACAAUUGUGGAAUCCAUACAAGAGCAGAAGCUGGAUGCUCCAAAAGAAACUGAUGGCAAUGCCAAUGAGAGGUCAAAGGCUGUGCAUGGUGGUGCUGUCUGGGAUAUCUUUCGAAGAGAGGAUGUUCCCAAACUUAUUCAGUUUUUGAAAAGGCACAAGCAUGAGUUUCGUCACAUCAAUAAUGAACCCGUGAAAUCCGUUAUUCACCCAAUUCAUGACCAGACUUUGUUCUUGAGUGAAAGCCAGAAGGAACAACUGAAGGAGGAAUUUGAUAUAGAACCAUGGACCUUUGAGCAACACCUCGGCGAAGCUGUUUUCAUACCUGCUGGUUGUCCUCACCAAGUGAGGAAUAGACAGGUGGCACUAGACUUUGUGGCUCCCGAAAGCGUUGAAGAAUGCCUUAGACUAACACAGGAGUUCCGGAGAUUACCUAAAGACCACAGAUCUAGCGAAGAUAAAUUGGAGCUUAAGAAAAUAGCGCUUUAUGCUGCGAGCUCAGCCAUAAGAGAGGUAAAGGAGCUAAUGCAAAACUCCACGAAGCAGUGAUGCCUAACAAAUGACAAGGAAAAAUUCCCACGUUUAUUGGAUCCGUAAACUAUUCCUACUCAUUUGACUUGUUGUACCAUCAAAAGUAAGAUUCUUCCUCUACUUUAAAAUAGUAGAGUUGGGGAGAAUGUAAGAUAAGUUUAUAACCACGGGUUGUGUAGGCAUAAGCUAUAAUUACCGAGUUGUAGAAUUAUGUAAAAGAAUCGGUUUACUUCAAGUUUUAAUCAACAUGUUGCUUUACA